AUGGACACAUCAACCACAGGUGACCCCGAGAUCGUAGAGUUGGAUACAACCACCUUGUUGGGUCACGUGGAAGAAGGUUCAUCAGGUGAACAAAGCCCAACACGGGAGACUCUACGUUGGACCGUGGUCCAACAAAUCGAUUCUCCUGGAAGAACAGGAGGUCGUCGUGGUGGUAAAACCAGAUCAGGAGCUGGUACCUUCUCCAAUUUUAAGAGCAUCAUCGUGUUGCAGAAGAGUUACGAGUGUGGAGAAUGUGGAAAGAGCUUCAGUUGUAGCUCCCACUUCAGCAAACAUCGAAGAACCCACACGGGUGAGAAACCAUUUCUGUGUCUCCACUGUGGUAAAAGCUUCAACGUCAGUUCCAACCUUUACCGACAUCAACGAUCUCACCUGGCUCAACCAUCUCCACCACCGAAUCCAUCUUCACGUCCACGAGGGUUACCAUAUAAAUGUGAAGAAUGCGGGAGAUGUUUUCGAAGGAAUAAAGAGUUGGUGACCCAUCAACGUUUCCACACCGGUCGUUUACCUUUUCAAUGUGGUCAUUGUGGGAAGAGCUUCAGUUGGAGUUCUCAUUUCCAUCGUCAUCAACGUGUCCACACCGGUGAGAAACCAUAUCAAUGUCCUGAGUGUGGGAAAUGUUUUAGUCGAAGUUCUCACCUCUACCGUCAUCAACGUACCCACGCCGGUGGUCGCUCUUAUAUCUGUACUUAUUGUGGACGUAGUUUUGGUAGCAUCCUCCAUUUUGAUCGUCAUCAACGUACCCAUAAAGGUCAACGACCUUAUAAAUGUACUUUGUGCCGGAAAAGUUUUGGUGAUGGGUCAACUUUGGUGAAACAUCAACGUCUUCAUCUAAACGAUGGGCUUUUGAGUUGUGAAGAAUGCGGGAAAGCUUACGGUUCUCGCGCUCAAUAUAUCCGUCAUCGACGUAACCACCACGGUGAUGAUGGUGGUGGUGAUGGUGGUGGUGGUGGUGAGAAACCGUAUCGUUGUGGUGAUUGUGGGAAGAGUUUUUCAUGGAGUUCACAUUGGGAAAGACAUCAACGGAUCCACACCGGUGAACGACCGUAUCAAUGCGGCGAUUGCGGGAAAAGGUUUGGUAGAACAUCUCAUCUUUAUCGUCAUCAACGUACUCACGCUGGUGGACAACCUCAUAUCUGUCCAGAUUGUGGCAAGAGUUUCAACAGUACCUUCCACUUCCAGAAACAUCAACGUGGUCACGCCGGUAUCAGACAUUCUUGUCCAGAUUGUGGGAAAACAUUCGCUGACGGUUCGGCGUUGUCCAAACAUCGCCGAGCUCAUCAAGGUCUCAUCUUCAUCGGCAUCUUCGGAAUCACCGGCGAGAAGAACCAGCAGAAGAAUUAG